AUGUAGAUUCUUUUGUUAAUGUUACAAUUGAGAGUAUUACUUUUAUCAUGCAGCCUUAUGACGAGUGCACAAGUGUUUGAAGUAAGGAAACACAUGGUAUUCUACGACACAUACGUCUAUUUUUAAGCGUACUUAACUUUGAAGUCAUACCGGAAGUUCCCAAAUACCAUACGAAGUGACUCUUAGCUUGAAUCGAAAUCUGGUGUAAAAGUUGAGCCUUUUUGUGGUUCUGACCAGGGUACCGGCGGUGAGAAUUAAUUUUUAUUUAGAACCCGCAUUCUUAUAAAUCGACGUAACCUGCCGGUACACUCUCUCAUAGACUGUCACACCCGGAAAGUGUGAGUUUGCUAGCGGUUUUCUACUUUUAGGCCUGCUGAAAACACAGUUAAGCUAACGAUAAAUAGCUACUAUGCCAGGAGAAGAAAUCUCUCGUUUUCUGGUCUCAUCUAGACCCGGGUCGUCGUUUCUCUGAUACCAUUAAAACACCAUACAGGCAAAGAGACUUUCAAUUUGUCGCUCACCUGUCAAUGCUUCGAACAAUUUGUAUACAUUAUUGAACACCAGCAUUUUAGCUCCAGCUUGAUAGCUUGCGAGGCAUGGCGGACAGCAUUGGAGAUACGUCAACCGGUGAUACACAUGGCCCUGGUGUUACCGGACAAAGCGUCGGAUCUUCACCCCUGCAGACUUUGGCAAACUCUUUGACGGGUGCACCUCUCAGCGCCAAUACGGGUUCGUCUUCUGAGGGUGACCAGAGUGGCCUCAGCCCCGAUGGAUCUCCAAAUGAUGGUCUCCCGGCUACCCAGACGGACUUUUGGAACGCGUUUGUCUUAUCUCAACCGGUCGUGUCCGUAUCACCGAACAUGCACACCUCUUCACCCGCUCAGAGUGUUGGGCAAGCCGUCGCCGGAGUGGCCGGACCAGGCCCCCUAACACAGGUCUACGCCGCUUCCUGGGACCCGACCCGGAGUACUGACUGGGACAACGAAAAAACCUCGCAGCCAGCUAUUUUAAGGAUCAAGAGGGAUAUUAUGUCUAUCUACAAGGAACCUCCACCAGGGAUGUUUGUCGUCCCAGAUCCUCAAGACAUGACCAAGAUCCAUGCACUAAUCAUAGGGCCAUUUGAUACACCAUAUGAGGGCGGUUUCUUCCUAUUCCUGUUUCGAUGCCCUCCGGACUACCCGAUCCACCCGCCACGGGUCAAGCUCAUCACCACUGGUCAGAACAGUGUCCGGUUCAAUCCCAAUUUUUACCGCAAUGGCAAAGUCUGCCUCAGCAUCCUUGGAACAUGGACAGGACCAGCAUGGAGUCCGGCGCAGAGCAUCUCCUCUGUCCUCCUUUCAAUUCAGUCUCUGAUGACGGAGAAACCUUAUCACAAUGAACCUGGAUUUGAACAGGAGCGACAUCCAGGGGACAGCAAGAACUAUAACGAGUGUAUCCGCCAUGAAACAAUGAGGGUAGCUGUGUGUGACAUGCUGGAGGGCAAAGUUAACUGUCCUGAAGCUUUGUGGAGCGUAAUGGAGAAGUCCUUCCUUGAAUUCUUUGAAUUCUAUGAGGGAGUAUGUAAAGCGAGGCUGCAUCUACAGGGACAAAACAUGAAGGACCCAUUUGGAGAAAAGCGUGGUCGUUUUGACUAUCAGCGCUUGCAGACUCGACUCAGCGCCAUCCAUCGACGAAUACGAGAGAAACGUGUGAUGAGUGAUCCCAAUGAUGACGACUCUAACUCUGAAACCAGCUCCUCUGAAACGGACCCUGACAGCCAGGGUAGCAUCCAGCCAUGACUUCGUUCGACAGGCCGAGAAGAGAGGACUUUUUUUUUUGUUGUUGUUGUUUCUUUUUUUGCUUCAAGAAACAAAAAAAUGUUGAAUGAAAUAUUUCAUAUCCCAUGUUUUUUUGUUUUGUUUUGUUUUUUGAGGGGGAAAAAAAAGUGAUGGCGUUGCUCUCCAGAAAGUGACUAUGCUGCAGCAAGAGAACUCAACACUAUUCAGGAGUCAAACACUGGCAGAUUUACAAUGUAGCUGUGGAAUUGGGCUGCUUUUGUAGCUAACCAGCUGUUUGAAUUCAUGUUUGGACUGGAAGAGGCUGUGCAGAUAUGUAGUACGUUAUGAGAUUAAACAUUCCCUUGUACUUUUAAAAAAAAAAAUAUGAAAAUGACUUUUAAAAACAUCAAUUGAAAUUGGUAAAAUAAAUAGCAGGCUGUCAUUUGAUGAUGUCCUUCCUAUGUACGUUUUUAUUUUCAACUUCGCUGAGGGAAAUGGAGGGCACUUGAUACUUUGCAGUCAUUAGAUUUGGGUAUUACAGGACAAGUUUAUAGUGAGUCGGUAUUGGUAAAAGUAGCGCAGUUCAUGAUCGGCUCUCGAACAUUUCCAAUAUUUGUCAAGAAACUUCAGAGUUCUUCCCAAGACGAAGUUCUGUACACUUCAUAACACACUGCAAAUGUUGAUGCUCUUCCUGUUUGCCGCAUAAUUAUAUUCGACUAAGAUGAUGAAUAAAUAAAAUGCAUAUAGAUAUUUGAAAUGAUAUUCACAUCAUGACCAGAUAAGACAUGACGUGGAUCAUUGCAAUGUCCGAACGUGAGUGUCGGCCCUUUAAUUUACACACACACACACACACACACACACACACACACACACACACACACACACACACACACACACACACAUCCCACCCCAGUUGCAACCCUCAAUAAUUGAGCUCCAGCUAAUAUCUUGUCCUGCGUCUUCCAUAGGUCUGUAGGUAUUUUGUAGCUUAUGGUUAAAUCACAUGAGAAUGCCAAAUUGUUUUCCCUCUGUUGGUGUCUUUCAGUUGAGCUCAAUGUCUUUAUGACGCAAUGAUCCGCAUGAUUAAAGGUUCAAAUAUUUUUGGCCAUUUGGCCAUUUUAGUACCCCCCCCCCCCCCCC